UUUUCUAAAAAACCCCUUUUUAAUUUUUAGUUUCUAUGGAUUGCAAAUUUGUCAAAUGAAGAUAUUUUGGAACUUGAUUUGAAUAUUAAGAUGAUGGCGUUAUACUGUUAUGGACAGCAUAGGGGAGAAAAGUAUUACACUUAAAAAAGUCCCAGAGCGAGAGGCCUUCAAACUGGAAGUGCCGGUCGUGAAGAUUAAUUUAAUUUGACCAACCUUUCUAGCUUCUAAACGCUCUUUUUUCUUGCACAUCCCACGAUGUGAUGAAAUGGGCUUGGAAAUUGGCUUCAGAUGACUUUUGACUUUUCAAAGGCGGCGUUGGUUUUAUGCAUUUCCAAUGCUUUUUUAUUUCCUUGAAUCAGAUAUUGUUGGCCUCAUUUCUCUAAUUCUCCAAUUCUCUCCCGCCCCGAAGCUUUAUGAAGCUCAAAGCACAACUUCCCUUCAUUGGCCUCUUGGCCCUUGCUUUCUUUAUGUUCCCUAAUCCUUGCAUCGCUAGAGGCAGAAACAAGGACUGCGGUUCUUCAAAGUGUGGAAACCUUAGCAUCAGUUACCCAUUUCGAUUGAAAACACAGCCUCUCGAUUGUGGUGAUCCUAGGCUUGAAUUGGAAUGCGAGAAUGAUAGUAACCAAACGACUUUGGUCAUCAACCAAGCGAAAUUCUAUGUCAAAGAGAUCUUAUAUUCUGAUUAUGCAAUACGAGUUUUUGACGCAAGCUUGGCUAGAGAUAACUGCUCCCUUCCUCUCAGUUUGUUUCCUUUGAUUUAUUCUUCAUGUUCGGCAAUACCUUAUAUGCUUGAUCCAUUUCGUUAUCGAGUCAUGUAUAUUGUAAAUUGCACAACACCCAUGGAAUCUUGGUUUUACGUUGAAGCAUCUCGUUGCAUCAACAGUUCUUCCAAUCCAAGAACUUACUUGUAUUUUUUAUAUGAAAGGACACCGCCAAGAGAUUUCAGUCAAUUUUGCACAGUCGUAGCCUAUGUUCCAAGCAUGCUUGGGAAUAUCUCGGGAAUGUCUGCUUUAGAUAUCUACGAAAAGCUAUUAAUGGGGUUUGAAGUGUCAUGGAAAUACUACAAUAUGAGCUGCGGCGAUGACAAAUUUUCCUUCCUACAUGUAUUGUCCUCGUUGCGGUAUGGCUUGGAAAUCUAUUUGGAAAGCUUUAUACACUACCUUUUUAAAGGCCCUCAUCUGACCUCUGACACCGUAAACACACCUAAAAAAACAUACAUUAUGAGUCUUCAAAUAACAGGAGGAAUUAUCCUACCAAGAACAUUGUUGGGGAUAUCUUGCUUGAUUGCAUUGGUUAUGUAUAAAUGGCGAAGGAGACAUUUGUCUGCGGAUAAUAUAAUUGAAGAAUUCCUUCGAAGUCAAAAUAAUUUAAUGCCCAUAAGGUAUUCUUAUCAUGAAAUAAAAAAAAUGACUAAAGGUUUCCAAGAUAAAUUAGGUGAAGGAGGUUAUGGUUCGGUGUUUAAGGGAAAGCUUCGGAGCAACCAACUUGUAGCAGUAAAAGUAUUGGGCAAGUCAAAAGCUAAUGGACAAGAUUUCAUUAGUGAAGUCGCUACAAUUGGGAGGAUUCAUCAUGUUAAUGUGGCAAAACUUGUUGGAUAUUGUGUGGAGGGAUCAAAACAAGCUCUUGUUUAUGACUUCAUGCCAAAUGGAUCUCUUGAUAGAAUCAUAUUUACAGGAGAAGAUAGGAUUACAUUAAGUUGGCAAAAAAUUUAUGAUAUUGCGUUAGGAGUGGCUCGAGGGAUUGAAUAUUUACAUCAAGGCUGUGACUCGCAAAUUCUACAUUUUGAUAUCAAACCACAUAAUAUUCUUCUAGAUAAGAAUUUUAUACCAAAAAUUUCAGAUUUCGGUCUUGCAAAAUUAUAUUCAUUGGAUGACAGCAAUGUAUCUCUUACAGCAGCACGAGGUACAUUGGGAUAUAUCGCUCCUGAAUUGGUGUAUAAAAAUAUUGGAGGCAUCUCAUAUAAAGCUGAUGUGUAUAGUUUUGGGAUGUUAUUAAUGGAAAUGGUGGGAAGGAGAAAGAAUUUAAAUGAAUUUGUUGAACGCACAAGUCAGAUGUACUUCCCAUCAUGGAUUUAUGAUCGAUUUCAUCAAGGAAAGGAUAUGGAGUUGGGAGAUGUGAGACUUACAGAUACUGAAAAUAUAAUUGUGAGAAAGAUGAUAAUCACAGCAUUUUGGUGUAUACAAAUGAAGCCUGUGGAUCGUCCUUCGAUGAGCAAAGUAUUAGAGAUGCUCGAAACUGAUGUUGAGCUCCUUGAAUUGCCUCCCAAACCUUUCCAACUACUACUUCUUGACUCAUCAGGCAGUGAAGAAGAAUCCAAUUAAUGAGCCAACUACAUCACAUGAUUCUAUGAAUGUAAUAAGCUUAAAUGUAGUUUAAUUGAACUUGGAAAUUGCUGAAUAGUGAACAUGAAAUUAGAACACCUUAUAAUUUUCUUCCACUCGGUCUAUUUGGCUGGGAAAGUAGCAAGGAAAGGAAAACUUUGUGUUUUGUAAUGAAAAAUGUCUCAUCAUUGCUAUUAUUCAAAUUGUGAAAUUGAG